AUGGCGUCUCCAAACGUUACCAAAGAGGUGAUCGAUGGUAUUGAAGCUGCAGCACUUGAAUGUUCCUUGUGUAUGGAACGUUUUACAAACCCGAAAUCACUCCCGUGUAUUCAUUCGUUCUGUCUUGGAUGUCUUGAGAAGUGGGUGAAAGAAAGCAACGGGAGACGUUUUAGCUGUCCAAUAUGUCGUGAGGUUUGUCAAGUUCCAACCGGUGGUCUUCAAGAUCUAAGGAACAGCAGUUUUAUCAUCGGAUUGUUGGAUUAUGUGACAAAUUUGGAGGAUAAAUCGAAUCCCACCUGUGGUUGUAAGAAGGAGGCAGCAUUCGUGUGUCAAGACUGCGAUGAACUGUACUGUCAAGAUUGUAAAGAUACUCACUGCAGAAUGAAGAUUGCAAAAGAUCAUUCUAUAAUUACCAUAAAAGAAUACAACAGUUGUGAUCCUGUGGAACAAUUUGCAUCAAAACAACUAAAUUGUUCCGAACAUAAAAUGCCACUGCAGUUCUUCUGUGAAACAGACAAGAUACCAAUAUGUGUCGGAUGUAUACAGGUUCAACAUCCUAAAGGAGAAUCCCAUAACGUAAUUAACAUAAAGGUUGCGUUUAGCGCCUUCACAAGGUAUGCAUCACAGCUCAUCGAAGUAUCAGAUAAGAAAUGUCUGGGUUUGGACAAAAUGCUUAAGGAACUGAUUGAAAAGGGGUCUGAGAUGAAUUCAAAUUACACAAAUUGUAGAGCAGACAUCGUAAAACAAGCAUACGAACAACAUCAAUUGAUCGAUCGUCAAAAGGAAGAGCAACUUCAGAAUCUCGAAGAAUCUCACAAACAAAAUCUGAAGACACUGGAAACUCGAUCCAGUGAGAUGGAACUGACCAGGGCUAAACUAUCCACUGUACGUGAAAUUACGUACAACCUGACCAAAAGUCCAAAUCAAACUCUGGCACUAAUGUCAAGUUCUGCUGCUUCUGAAAAUCUAGAGAAAGUAAUACUUGAUGCAUGUGGUAAAAAGGGUAUUGACGUUGAGGUUCAGACAAAUACGGGUUUUUUGGAAUACAAUCUAAACCGUAGACCAGCCCCAUUGUUGCCUAGCAACGUGGUAGACAGGCUGCGUAGAGAGGAAACUCGUAUUUCACCUGCUAAAUCAACCGUUACAUUUAGCAUACCAAAUUCCAUGCUUUCUUUUUUAAUAAAUAAAGAUCAAGAUAUUACUAUAAAUGUAAUAACUCGAAAUUCGGUCUGUGAAACUCUGUACGUCAAAGAUGCAGUAGUAAAAUGUUUAGGAAUAUUUCUAAAUGCCGUAGACCAUUUCAAUAUUUUAAUGAAAGAGAUUAGUGUUACCGACAAACAUAAUGGGUGUUAUGAAAUUUGUGGUAAGAUUCCUCUUCAGCGAACGACAUUGAUUUGUCUCAUUAUUGACAGAUCUGAUGUGUAUGUCAGCACAAUACAUUUUGAUGAUGAGAAAAAAGGGAAUAAGAUUAGCACACACCACUUUGAACAUCUUUUAAAUUCGUAA